GGAAAUUUUUAUUAUUUUAUUAUGGUUUUAAAUAGUCCAGAAUGAAUAUUCUCUGAUUAUGAUUGCUGACAGCCAUAUUUCUCUACGAUUGAAUUCUCCAAGAAGGCAAAGACGAAUCUUUGAUAGAUAAAGCUUUGGUAACUUGAAAAUCAUAAUUUUCUUUCGCGCCGAUGAUAUUAUUGCCGGGUGGGGUAUGCAAGUGACAAGACAAGUGAUUCUUCGUGGACGCAUAAAAAAAAUAGAGAUGUAGAGAGAGUUUUCUUAGUAAAAUCUUACCAAUCUACCUGGCCUAAACCCGCAGACACACAAACCUGAAUUCAAGAUGGAUGUAAAAAUAGAAAGGCAGCUUGGUAGAGGAGCUAUGGGAAUUGUGUACUUAAUGAAUUUUAAAAGUUCUAAACAAAAACAGAAAGAGUUGGCUCUGAAGAUUAUGGAAAGCGACAAGGGGCCGUUGAGAGAAAGAAUGCUUCAGGAAAUGGAGAUUAUGAAAAAUUUAAACCAUAAACAUAUUGUUAAAUAUUAUACCGGGCAUCUACACAAAGAUAAAAUAUUAUUAUUAUUAGAAUAUUGUCCUGGAACCGAUCUCCAUGACUACCUCCAGGCUCUCAAACCUUCAAAAUAUCUCACGGAAUCAGAGGUUUAUCGAUUCGCGAGUCAGAUAGCAUCAGCAAUACUUUAUUUACACAAGAAGCAUAUCAUCCAUCGCGAUAUUAAAACAAAGAAUAUUUUAUUAACGAAAGACAACCAUGUUAAACUAGCAGAUUUUGGUAUAUCUAAGUAUUUGGAAAACACAAUAGCUGUAGCUGAAUCAUACGUUGGUACUCCAUUAUACAUAGCUCCAGAAAUAUUUCUACAUCAACAGUAUAAUUAUAAGGCUGAUUCAUGGAGUUUUGGAUGUUGUUUAUAUGAGUUAAUGUCUCUUCACUUCGCAUUU